GGACCAUCCACCCCAUUCCGACUAUUCCCUCUCAUCGACAUCCUCUGUAUCGUUGUCAUUCUCCAUGUCGACAGCCCGCGUCUCACGCACAUCGGAAUCACUGCUGUCUGAUCCUGUCAUGGCCGCUCCAGUAGAUGCCAAUGCUGCGGCGCAGGUCAAAGGCCCUGACCCUCGCCUUCCGCCCGAGAUCUGCGAGCGCAUCAUCGACCAUCUCAAUCCACUGGAAAUGUGGCCUGAAGGUGAAAGACAGACUCUAUUGGACUGCGCCCUCGUUUGCCAAGGGUGGUACACCAAGAGCCGCGUGGACUUUUUCGAGGAGCCCAGGAUCCACACUCGGGAACAGGCGAUCACCUGUGUAAGAGUUGGUUACUACAGGUCCGGAGUUGGCAUCGAUUCUCACGAUGCUGGCAGGGAAACUUCCAAAGCUGUCCUCGCUCAGCUUCGAGUACUGCUCUAUGCACCAUUUAGCAUUUUGGAGCUUGCACGAAUUCAGUCAUAUCACAUCAUUGUCACUAUGGAAUGUGACCUUGCCAUCGGCGAGCCCCUUCUUUCAGGUCAUCUGUUCAUUUCCUCGUCUGAAGACCUUUUAUUGCUACAAGCUGCACUGGUGCAAAUUAAGGUCCAUGGCUCCGCUGCCUGAAUGCCAUCGCAUGCCUUUGAGGACAGUGACUGCUCUCCAUUAUGAUCUAUCAUGCUUGGAAGACAUUGGGCAUACCCUUCUCAGUCCGCUGGAUCAAGCAAUCCUCAAAACACUCAACCUAGUACGACCUACAGUCUCUGCAGCAACUCUUGCUUUUACUCAAGACGUGCUAAAUGUAGCCAGCAUGAGACUCGAGGAGGCAAUAAUCCUUUUUCAGGCACGGGAGAAAGAUGCUUCUCGCAUUUACUUUCCUCUCCAAAUUAUCCCGGACGUGCAGCAUCCACGAACC